AUGGAAUCUCCCAACAUUUUCACCGCUGGCCUCCGGUUUCUUCACCACAUCCUUCUCGCUGCUCUCGGGCGUUACUUUUUGGUAGCGACCCAGCCCGUUCGUUCUACCAAAGAUUUGAAGCAGGAGGUAUCUGAAAAGAUAUCCGACUCUCUUAUCUCUGAUCACUGUUUCGGUCCAAGGGUCGAUGCGAGAUUCAACUGUGUUCAUCAUGUCUUCGAGUCUACUGCCUUGUCUAACAGUGACCAAGUCGCUGUGGUGGACCAUCUCGGAAAUUCCAUGUCGUACAGCCAACUCGAUCACCUCUCUUUACGUCUUGCUUCAUAUCUGACGUCUCGCGGGGUCCGCCCGGGGUCUUUUGUCGGUCUCGUUGUACAACGAUCAAUUCCCCAGGUGGUCGCUAUCCUUGGCGUUCUUCGCGCUGGUGCAGCGUAUAUUCCUUUGGAUGGUGACAUCAUACGGGACGACACGCUUCAAGGGAUCAUGGCAGAUGCUGGUCCUUCAUACGUUCUCGUCUCUAAAGGAUGUAUCUCUCGUGCGGAUCUUCUGAGUCAUCCAUAUGGGUGCUUGGAAGAUGUUCUCGAUUCCAUGAAAGACUCCGACACCGACUUUAUCCAAGAUCAAUCUAAGGGCUCCGACACCGCGUAUAUUAUCUUCACGUCUGGUACUACCGGCAAACCCAAAGGUGUCAUGGUCAGCCACUCCAAUGUCGUCAACCUUCUUUCUAAUGCACCGAGAAAUCUUCAUAUUGAACCGGGAGUCAAGGUCGCCCAACUCUUGAAUAUUGGCUUCGACAUGUGCGCGUGGGAAAUUCUCGGCUGCUUAAUGAAUGGGGGAACUCUGUAUUUGCGUGGACCCCGCCGUGCAGAUUGGAUAAAAGUCUUGAAAACGGUGGAUGUCGUCGUCGCUACCCCAACUAUUCUACUCCCACAUGACCCUAAGGAUUUCCCCAAUGUCCGCGUGGUCGCUACGGCAGGGGAGCCUUGCCCGCAGUCAUUGGCCGACAAGUGGGCCUCGCAAGCGACGUUCUACAAUUCAUGUGGUCCGACAGAGAUCACUAUUGUUAACACGAUGCACAAGCACGUUCCCAAUACUCCUCUUUCCAUCGGAAGACUGACUGCAAACAACACAGUCUAUAUUUUGGACGAAUACUUGCAGUCCGUACCCUUUGGGACUCCUGGAGUUAUGUGGGCCGGAGGAAAAGGUGUCUCUAAAGGAUAUCUUGGACUGGAUGAUCUGACUGCAAAGAGAUUUCUACCGGAUCCUUACCUCAACGAUGGCAGUCUUUCCAGUCGAAUGUAUAACACUGGAGAUAUCGGUAAGUGGAGAGAAGAUGGUUCGCUGGAUCAUCUAGGACGUGCCGACGACCAAGUCAAGAUUAAAGGUUUUCGCGUUGAACUUGACGGCGUUAGCGCAGCAAUGCAGUCUUGUCCUGGAGUCACGGGAGCAUGCGCACUGCUGGUAGAGGACGAACUUGUCGGAUUCUACACACCUUCCGAACUCGCAAUGGACGGUGUACGAGACGCCGUCACUCGAAUUCUUCCAUGGUAUUCUGUGCCUACGAAGUUUAUAUCGAUUCCGUCCCUGCCUUUGACCAAAAGCGGGAAAACAGACAAAGGAGAGCUUAGGAGCAUUGCUAUCCAGCAAAUCUUCGGUUGA